GGAGCAAAAAAGAAAUAAAAUGAAAUGAAAAAAUAUCUGAAAGUGUAAAGAGCAGAACACAGAAAAUGUAUCUGUAUCUAAUGAAUGAACAGAAACAAAUGAUGAAAUGAGUUAAAUGAUUGAGAAAAAAAAAUGAAAAAAUAAGAAAAACAUAUUUUCCUUUCAUAAAUCGUAUAUUGUGUAACAAUUUUGAAAAACGUUUCAAAGAAAAUUUUUUUCUGUGGAUUGUGGAAUACCUACUACAACAAAUACACGCAACGAAAAGAAAAACUAUACGAAACGUCGUCGAUACAAAAGAAAGCCAGCCAGUCAGUCAGUACUGCUGCAAGUACAUGACAAUAAAAGCAAAAGAAAAAAUAAUUUACACAUGCGAAAAUCCAUUCAUAUAGCAUUUUUGUUGUUGUUUCUUUACAAGUACCCUUCCCUUUUCCUUCUUCCUGCAAUUGAAAUCAAUAAAUCGAUUUUUCUUUCUUUACUCUUUUUGUUUUACGAAAAAGAACGCUAACCCCCUGCAAGUUGCUUUGCCGCCGCCACCGUCGACCGACGCUGUCGCUACAUCUUUUUUAUUAAUAUUAGUGUUAAAAAUAGAGGAGGAAGCAGCAAAAACAGAACAACACAGAUAUUCCUACCUAUUAGUACACACACACACACGUACAUAUAUACAAAUUGACACUCAGCCACACAGAGAACAAAAUACACCUCAUCUAUAAACGCCCGCCGCCGUCGCCGUCAUUAUAAACGAUAUCGUCAACGUCGCCGCUAAAGGCCCAACAUCAUCAUAGUAUACACACAACGUCAAAUUAUAUUUCGUCUGUUUUUGGUGUUUGUGUGUGUGUGUCAGGCUUCUCUCUAACAACCCAGUAAAAAAAUUAAGCGCAUUCUGAUCUCAAAAAAAAAAACUAAAACCCCGACAAACAAACAGUGAAAAUAGAAAACUAGUCGUUUUAAUAUUCUCUAUUACAGCGCGUAUAGCUGGCGUCGUACAGCGGCAGUUAAACCCCGGAGACAGACAGACACUUUCAAUACAAUUUUCACGUACAACAAGCCCAAAUAAAACAAAUGGAUUUCAUGAUGGCCAAUCCUGGAGCAGCAGUCGAUAAUCAAUCUGCCAUUUUGCCUGGUGCCAAUCCGGCAGCGGCAGCUGCGCAGCUGGCCGUAUCACCAGCCGCCGCAGCUGCUGCCCAACUGCAACAGCAGCAGGUUCAGCAGGCCAUAUUGCAGGUACAACAACAACAGACCCAACAAGCUGUGGCUGCAGCCGCCGCCGCUGUUGCCCAGCAAUUGCAAAAUCAAACCAACGGCACCAAUGGCAAUACAAAUGGCUCCAGUGAGACCCGCACCAAUUUGAUUGUCAACUAUUUGCCACAGACUAUGAGUGAAGACGAGAUACGUUCGCUGUUCUCGAGUGUGGGUGAAAUUGAAUCGGUGAAAUUGAUACGCGACAAAAGUCAACCCUUUUUGGAUCCCUUGAACCCGACAGCCACCAAGGGUCAAAGUUUGGGCUAUGGAUUUGUUAACUAUGUACGGCCCCAAGAUGCUGAGCAGGCUGUCAAUGUUUUGAAUGGUUUGCGGCUGCAAAAUAAAACCAUAAAGGUGUCAUUUGCCCGACCCUCCUCGGAGGCCAUAAAGGGCGCCAAUCUAUAUGUUUCCGGUCUGCCCAAGACCAUGACUCAACAAGAUUUGGAGGCAAUUUUUGCACCAUUUGGUCAAAUAAUUACUUCGAGGAUUUUGCAAAAUGCCGGUAAUGAUACCCAAACCAAGGGUGUGGGCUUCAUUCGUUUCGACAAACGUGAAGAGGCCACCAGGGCCAUAAUUGCAUUGAACGGUACCACACCCACGGGUUGCACCGACCCCAUUGUGGUGAAAUUCUCCAAUACCCCGGGCAGUACAAACAAGAUAAUCCAGCCUCAGAUUCCAACCUUUUUAAAUCCCCAGCUGGUGCGACGCAUUGGUGGUGCCAUGCACACACCCGUCAACAAGGGUCUGGCCCGUUUUUCACCCAUGGCCGGUGAUAUGUUGGACGUAAUGCUGCCCAAUGGCUUGGGUGCUGCUGCCGCCACCUCAUUGGCCACUGGGCCCGGUGGUGCCUAUCCCAUAUUCAUUUACAACUUGGCACCCGAAACCGAAGAAUCUUCGCUGUGGCAGCUAUUUGGUCCCUUUGGCGCUGUGCAAUCCGUGAAAAUUGUCAAAGACUCGUCGACCAAUCAAUGCAAAGGUUAUGGCUUUGUGUCCAUGACCAACUACGAUGAAGCAGCUAUGGCAAUAAGGGCGCUCAAUGGUUAUACUUUGGGUAAUCGAGUAUUACAAGUUAGUUUUAAGACUAACAAAAAGUAAAUUAGGCAAGAACAACAAAACACAUACAUAACAUAAUUUAUAUAUAUAUAUAUAUAGUAUAUAGAAAGAACACAGAACAACAACAACACAUUUCUUAAGCAUACAAUAGAUGAUAACUUGUCCCCUCUAUUACUACUACUACUCCUCACAAACAGACCCACACAUUUAAUAAUUGCAAGUAGGAUCUGGAGUUUUAAACAAUGCAAAUGCUGACUAUUUUUCUUGCAAAAGAAAAAGGGAGCAGAGAUUUUUGGUCUCCCUCUCUCGAUUGUUUUAAAACUCUUGCCCGCCUGGCAACUGGAAAUAAUGCAUGUCCUUUUUUGAAAUUUGCAUGAUUGAGGAUUCUUUUCUUAUAAAGAAAAUUGUCCUUUGCUUCUUAAAGAGAUCAACAAAAGAAAUGACAAGGCAAUAUUUUGAUGAAAGAAGUAACAAUUUUUUAUUAAAAAUAAAAAAACGGAAAGAAAAACAAUUUUAACAUAUAGGCUAAAAAGAAUAAUGAAGACCGACCGAACGAUCGAAACAGCAAAAAAAGAAAGUAAAACAAACUAAAAUUUGGGAAAAGCAAGCAAAACAAGUAAAUCUUCCAAGAAAUAAAAAAAAACGCAUAAAUUUAAUUAAACAAAACUAUUAAGAAAGUAAAACAAUUUUCAAACACUCGCCAGUGAAAGAAAAACAAAAAGAAAAAAAAAAACAUUUUUAAAAUAAUAAUUAAUAUAGGAUUUUUUCUAUAUUUAAAAAAAGAAGAGUUAAGAAACGAUACACACACAAACACAGCUAUAAAGAGGCUUUUUACAGUAUUACAAGAUAUUAUGUUUUAGCAAAACAAUUGUUCAGAACAAAUUCAAAAUGAGUGAAGAAAAAGCUAGAGGCCAUCAACAUCAUCGUCAUUAUUAUUAUUACCAUUACUAAAUUUACUGGUGAAUGUUAGAAGAAUACCUAAUUAAAGAAAACUCCUUUUUAUUAUUAUUAAUAUAAAUAUAAUACAAAAAAAAGGAAAAGAAAAAUCGAAACAAACAAAAACCAAAACUAGUUAAAAAUUAAACAAACAAAAAACUCAAAGUAACAAACAACAAUAAUUUAUGAAUAUCAUCAUAGAUCGGUUCCCCUAACCAGGAGAAUAGCAAGUAUUUAUAAUUUAAAAUGUAGCGAAAUUGGUAAAAGAAAAACACUCUGAAAAUUAAAAUCCCUGGGGAGCUUUGGGUGCAAGGAAAUUUGGUUUUAGGUUUUUUAUAUUCAACAUUCAAAAACACUAGGGCAAAGAUAUUAAAAUUCAAAACUUUUCUUAGAUUUCUUCCUAUACAGAGAUUUAAUAAAUUUCAGAAGAAAACAUUGUUCUUAAAAAGGUUAACUGAGUUGUGAGAGAGAACGGGACCUUCCUAUCAAAUUUAGAAAUAAAAAUUUGUUUCAUAGAAGAAAAUAACACGGCCUCUCUCUUGCUGACCCAUUGACAUAACAAAUUUUUAAAUGGAAGUCCCUUCUGGCUAAUAAAUGUUACUAGUUACUAUUCUUAAAAAAAGAGUCGUGGAAGAAAAUCUGAGUUACUUAAUAGUGAGGGCCUAAGGAAAAGAAAAUGAAAAGACUCAGUUUUCAUUCAUUAAUUUUCUGCGUGACUGUCUCCCUCUAUAGACGGAAGACCUUCUGUAAAACUGAAAUUAAAGAUCUUGCAUUGAUUCUCAAUGAAUAUAAUACCUUACCGAGAUAACGACAGUCAGGCAUAGAAACUGUUUAAACUGUUUAAGGUUUUAAAAGCGAAUGUCAAAGAACAGUUUCUCUCCCUUGCUGCCCCAUAGACUUAACAAAUUUUUAAACAGAAGUCCCUUCUAGUUUAUAAAAGUUACUAGUUACUAUUUUUAAAAAAAAGAGUCGUGGAAGAAAAUCUGAGUUACUUAAUAGUGAGGUCCUAAGGAAAAGAAAAUGGAAAAGACUCAGUUUUAAUUAAUGGAUUUUUUGGAAGACUGUCUCACUCUAUGGACAGAAGACCUUCUGUAAAACUAAAAUGAAAGGUCUUGCAUUGAUUUUCAAUGAAUAUAACACCUUACCUAGAUAUCGCCAGUAUAUGAUAGAAAUUAUUUAAGAUAGUCAGGGCCUUAGGAAAAGAAAAUGAAAAGACUCAGUUUUCAUUCAUGGAAUUUUUGGGUGACUGUCUCCCUCUAUAGACAGAAGAUCUUCUGUAAAACUGAAAUUAAAGAACUUUCCUAGAUAUCGCCAGUCAGGGAUAGAAACAAUUUUUUUUUGCCCGCCCACCCCCAUCUCCUCUGGGAUUUUUUUUUUGAGUGAAAACAAAAAGCAAACUUGAUCAUUUACAAAAUGAAGAAACAUUAUAAAGCACAAAUGUUUAUACAAUAAAUCGUAUUAUGAAAUAACAAAUAUAUAUAUAUAAUUCUUUUUAAUUGAAUUUUAUAAUUUUUCAUCUAAACUAUAGAUAUGCUUUGAGUUGCUUUGUUUUGAAAUUGCUUUUGUUUUUUUUUUCUUUUUGGUUUUUGGUAAAUACAUCUCUCCAAAAACUCUACCCUCUCUGUACUCGUGCGCCCCCCCAUGAACCAUCAGCAGCAUUUCACUGGUUUUUCUUUUGCACCCCCCAUCCUCCAGCAGAAGAAAAUUAGGAUUGCAUUAAAUUUUAGUUUGUUUUCUUUUUUCAAAACUUAUUGUUAGUGUUGUUUCUUUGUUUUUUCUUACAUAGAGAUAUACAUAAAUAUUAUUAUUAAUUUCUUUUGUUGAUUUCUUUAAGUUUUUCUUUAGAGAAGAAAUUAUUAAAGUAAUUUUUCAUAUUUUAUUAUAUAGAAAAAAGUAUUUAUUUUUAAUUAUAUAUGAAAAACUUGAUUUUUUCCGAUUCUUUCUUCAAAAGGCAGGCAUUAUUUGUUUAAAGUUCAGUAAAGAAAAAUACUUAUUUUUUUAGUACCAAAAAAGAGAAAGGAGAAGGGAAAACAAAAACAAUAUGGUAUCAAGUUUGAAGAUCCAUCUUCUUCUUCAACCUCAAAAUGUUGGAGAAAAAUUAUUUUUAUUUUCCCUUGUCCCCAUUUGAAACAAAUUUGUAUUUCAUUAUUAGAAAAAUAUCAUUACAAAACAUCAGCGCAUAUGACCCCCCUCCUUUCUUCUCACACUCUAUUCUCUCUCAUUUAAAUGUUUAAAUAUUUACAUAUACAUAUUUAUUAUUAUACUAUUUAAUAUUUAUAAUUGAUUAUUAUGUGUAUGCGAUUUUAGUAACUUUUUUUUAGUAUGUAUACAUAUAUAUAUUUUAAAAACAACAAUACACACACACAAUUAUAAGUUUCUUAACAAAACACUUUAGUUCUUAAGCAACCAAAAACAAAAAUAAUUUAUAUAAAAAAUUAGUAUUUAAAGAACAAAAAACAAAACGUGAGGAAAACCAACUCCCCCAAUGAAAGAUAAAGAGAAAGCAAGAACAAAUCUAACAACAAAAAGUAACAAACAAAAAUCUAGUCAGUGAAAAAAAAUAAAAUAUAAAAAUAUAUAUUUUUAAAAUUAAGUUUAAAAACCAAGCAGCUUAAUAUAUAUAAAAACAUACAAGAAAUGAAAAAAGAAAACAACUCUUGAAAAUAUCAUAGGAGUUUUUUUCAUUUUUGAACAACAUCUCUAGCUAAACGUUUUUCUUUUAAGAAAAAUAUAUAUUUUUUCAGUUUUUCAAUUUUUUUGUACACUAAUUUCUUUUUUUUUCUUUUUAUUUAAUUUCUUCUCAAACUUGUUGUUAUUGCAAGGAAGGAAACGUAACCUAUAUAAUCCAAAGAUUUAAAUAUUUAGUAAAAUUCUAUAUACAAAAAUAACACACACAUAGAAGUUUUCUAUAGGGACUCGAUGAAAUAAGGGAAAAGGUUGUCAUUCAUUCAAAUUGAAUUUGAGGUUAUGUUUAAGUCAAAUUUCAAUAUUGAAGCUUUUCCAACAAAACACACACAAAUUUUAUGUAGUAAUCAAAUCCUUUCCAUGAAUAAAUGGUAAUAUAUCAAAACAAGAGGUUAUAUUAAAAAAAAAAAAAACAAAAAAAAAAUCAAGUUUAUUGUCUUCGAAAUGAGCGAUCAAUAACUAUUUUGUGUCCACAUUCAAAGAUAAACAUUAUUUAUUUAAAUAAUGUUCACUAAAAACUCAAAAUUUUUGAUAAAUUUUUUUUUGAGGUUAUGUUGAAAGAAAUUCAUUUUUGGAAAGAAACAACAGUACUCAUAACCAAGGAUUAUGCCAUAAUGUGGGAAAAGUUAUCAAAAUGUCUCAAAUAUUGAAUAACGAUUGCUAAAAGUUCCAAUAUUUUUGUUAAAAAAUAUCGUUUUUGAGGCUAUGUUGAAAAAAAAUUCAGUUUUGAAAAGAAACGGGUUUUAAUUGUAGCUGCAACCAAGACUUGCUCAAAUUAUGCCAUAAUGUGGAAAAAAUUUCUUGAAAAACUCAAAAUUUUUCUGAAAACAUUUUUCCCGUUGUGUUUAACUGAAGAAAGAUUUUUACUUGAAAAAAAAAGAAACAGAAAAAAUUCACAAAUUAUGUAUACAUUCUGGAAUUCAUGUUCAUUCCAGUAAAGAAUUAUAGUAUUUCCAAAAUGUUUUCAAAAAAAUGUUAACCCUAAAAAUCAUUAAAAAAUUUAAUUCUUUCUUUAAUUUUUUCCUUAAAUUUAAAAAAUAGAACAUUAUUUUGUAUUCAAUUCAAAUAAUUUCAUAAAUUAAUAAGGACUAUGGCAAGUUUUUUUCGUUAUUAAUAUAACUUCAAAAAAUUGUUUUAAAAAAUUGAGGUUACGUUAAACAAAUUAAUUUUUUUUGGCUUUAAAUUAUGCAAAAUGUUCAUAUAUUAAACACAAUUACUUCAAAUUUCGUAAACUGCUACAAAAUAUGGUUGCAAUUUUCCUAAAAAGCCCAAAAAUAUUGAUAACAAUUUUUGAGGUUAUGUUGAACAGAAUUUAAUUUUUCGUAAUAAACCUAUUAUAUUAUAGAAUAUUACACAUACGGAAAUAUAUUUAUGAAAAAAUAAAGCAAUAUCAAAAUUUUAAGGUUUAGAUUUUUAAGAUUUUUUCCAAAAAAAUAUAUCUCAUUUUUUGAGGUUAUGUUGAAUUUUUUUCCUUAUUUUUCAAAAUAAGGUAAAAUUUUAAGGUUAUGCUACAAAUAUGAGUUCUGUGACAAACAAUUCGGUAUAAUUAAAAAACUAAAAUUCAAGACCUACCUCCGAAAGUGCGAUAUAAAGAAGACAUCAUAACCUCAAAUAGACAAAAGCGUUUUUUUGAAUGAAAACCCUUUCCCACUAUCAUCGAGACCCAAAUUAUAUAAAAAUCAACUAUUCGUAUAUAGUCGAAAAGAGAAGAGUAUAGAUUUUUUUUGAUAAAAUACUUUUCAAUACUUCUUUUUGUUGUAAAACACAAAACCUAACCUAAAAAAAAAAAUAAUGCAAGCUAAUGAAAUGAUGAAAUUAGGAAUGAAAACUAACUAAGCUAAUAACGAGAACACAUAUACACACACAAAUUUCUGUGCAAUAGAAGAAAUGAAAUGUAACAAAUGAAGGCAAAUUGCAAAUUUUUUUUAUAAGAAAAUUAGGUAUCUCAUUUUUAUACAAAACAAAAACAAUUGCUAACAAUUUUUAUGUAAAUAUAUAUAUUUAUGACAAAAAUAUAUUUUAAUUUUUUUCUUUUUUCAUUAUCUUAUAUUUAAAAACAAACUUAUUUAUUACACAUUUUAUGUAUUAAGAAAUGAAGGAAAAAAAACAAAACAAUAUAACAAAGGAAUCCAUUGAGAAAAAUAACACAAACAAACAAAUGGCAAUGAUUUUUGUGAAUUUUCAUUUAUCUACACAUAUUUUCAAACUUCUUUUUUUAAUUUUUCAAAUAAUUUUAAUUUUAAUUCGUGAAAAUACAACAAAAUAAUCAUCACAUUAUGAGACAAUUGAAUAAAGAAAGUUUCAAGAUCUGGCAUCUUGACUUUCGCCGUUAGAAUAAUUGAUAAUUUUUCUUUAACCCUUUCUCUUUUUUUUAAUUUUAAUUAUAAUUUAUGUUCUUAUACACACACAUAUACAUGCAUAUUUAUAGUAUAUAGUAAAAGCAACAUGAUUUUUAAUUUAAUUUUUUUAUUAUUUUCUUUUUGUGGUUUUAGGUUUUUUUCUUUGUAUUUAGUUUAAUUUUUUUUUAAUUUUAAUUUCACCAUAUUUUUUUUAGUUUGUAAUUUGAUUUUGUUCUUAGUUUUUUUACAUUAUUUUGUCAACUGCUAUCUCUUUUUAUUUUAAUUCAUUAUUAUUAUUUUUUUUUAAUAAAUGCGAAAAAAAUCAACUUUUGGGAAAGUCAUAAACUAACCUCUCCCAUUUGUAAACCAAAAAAACAAGUAAAGAGAAACCCAAAUUCUGUUUUGUGUAAUUCUGGGAGAAUGUUUUGGAAAAUUGGAUAAAAAACAAAUUGGAAACAUUUUAAGCAAAUAUAAGAGGCUUUUUUAAUUAAAAAAAAUACAGACUGAGAUAAAAAAAACUGCAACAAA